GAAUGACGACAAUAUCAGAUCUUCCAUGUGAUUUGGUAGGGGAGAUACUCUCAAGAGUUCCAUUGACAUCUCUGGGAGCAACACGAUCUACUUGCAAAAAGUGGGAAGAUUUAUCUAAAAAACAGAUUUUUGGUAAAAAAGCAGGAGCAGCAGCCGGAGCAAGGAAGCAGUUUAUGGGGUUCAUGAUGAAGGAUUCAAGGGUUUGUUCCUUGAAAUUUGAUCUCCAAGGAAUCCGCAACCACGGGGACUUGGUUGUUCCAUCUAUAAACCAAGUAAGUCUACUUAAGCAAGUCGAGGUAUCUAGAGUCUUUCACUGUGACGGUUUGUUAUUAUGCGUACUCAAGGACAGCUCGAGGCUCUUGGUAUGGAAUCCUUAUUUGGGUCAAACCAGGUGGAUCCAACCCAGAAUCAAUUAUCAUGAAUUAGACAGGUAUGCUAUCGGAUAUGACAAGGACCGUCACCACAAAAUCUUGAGGAUUUUUGGUGGGCAGCAAACCGUUCUUGGGUACGAAGUCUACAGUUUUAGCUCUAAUUCAUGGAGGGCUAUUGAUGUUGAACCACCCGAGUGGUUUAUAUGGUCCCAUCAACGCGGUGUGUCUUUGAAAGGAAAUGCUUUUUUUACUGCUAAAAAUCAUACAACCCUUGGUGGAGCAAAGAUUGAAGAUAUCUUACUCUGUUUCGAUUUCACAACAGAGAGGUUUAGACCGAGUCUGCAUCUUCCGUUUUGCUCUGAUGAUGCUCGAGACAAUGUUACUUUAUCUUGUCUCAGAGAUGAGCAGCUCGCCGUGUUACAUCAACGCUUGAAUGCAUGUCAGAUAAUGGAGAUUUGGGUUACCAGUAAGAUUGAUCCCAAUGCGGUGUCAUGGAACAAGUUUAUGAGAGAGCUCGCUGGUUAUCCGGUUGACACUGAAGGUGGGAGUUUCUUCAUUGACGAGGAGAAGAAUGUUGCUGUGGUUUUCGAUCUAGACCAAUUUAUACCGGCCAUGGCUUCAGCUCACAUGGUUGGACCUAGGAGGUACUUAAGAUCUGUGAUUAUCGGACAAGCCCGUAGUAUCGGCAAACUUGACAAGUUUGGAUAUUUUCAUGACAAGUAUUGUCUCCCUCUUGUGUGCUCUUCUUAUGAUCCAAGUUUAGUGCAGCUGCAAUUCAACCAACAGGGCAAAAGACAAAAUUAUCUUAUACAACCAAAAGAAAAUUGAAAAAAAAAGAAAGAAGCAAAAAAAAAACAAAAUGAUAGAGUAGAGAGUGAGUACUAGAUAGUUCAAUCCCUUAUUUAUUUGUUUCUUGCAUCUCUCCGAUUUUCAAUUUAUUCAUAUCCCCCUAGACCUUUCUUGUUAAAUAGCAAACUUUAAUAUAUGCUGUCUUCUUUAA